CCGGGUUUUACAAAAAUUAAAAUGUUCUUCCUGGUUGUUUUAUGAAAACAACCUUCAAAUAAUACUUAUAUGAAAUGGCUUCCUGUUAAGAGGUAACUUAAAGAUCAGAAACACCAGAGUUAAAUUCAAGCAAAGACAAGAAGACGUAUUCAUCUCGACAAGAUGAGAAGUGUUUUUGUGCUUAUUUAUAACCUUCUUGCUGUGCUUCCACUUGGUAAGUUGAAAGAGAUGAUAUGAUGACUUCUGGCAUUAGCAAUUUUCUUUGUUAUUUAUUUAUUUUUUUAAAGUCUUCAUUAUCGUCUUGAUCAUUUUGUUAAAUCAGCUUUCAAAGUGGUUCCAUAUUAAACCAACAAGAAUAAACAAGCAUAAUUGCUGGCGAUCUCAGCAGAAACCAGCAGAAAUUAUUUUUUGGUGAGUUGAUUGGAUUUUUGCAAAAUCUUGCCAAUGUGUUCACAGAGAACAUCUGCUGCAUUGACAAGAACAAUCCAUAGGAACUCAGAUCUGCGAACUGCAGAGCUCUUCUUCUAUAGUUCAGUUAAAGGAAUGUUUAUGUAAGUGUGAAUUGUUACUACUUCGAACAUGGUUAUUUUCCUUAAGUCGGAAUUGCCAUAAAUUCAAAGCAAUUCCAAAUGAAAGGUCAAAAUAGCAGAACGGACUUUUUCAAUUCAGAAAUUUUAGCCUAAUGGUGAAAUUCAAGUUAUUUUUUUUUCCAAACCAGCUACUGUGGACUAAGAUUUUAAAUUCACAUUAAAUUUACAUGGAAUAGUCAACAAUUUAAAGUUUGGCAAAAAGCCCUGUCAGAAUUAGAUGCUUAUUUCUAUGAAAAUGGCUUCUUACUAAGUAGCAUAAGGAAGUGGUUCCCAACCUAGUCCUUUAAAUACCCCCUAACCGUCCAGGGUUUUGAGACUGCCCAGUUGUGUCUAAGGAGUUUUUAGAAAACAGCAAAACAAAAACACUUUAGACACAACAGGGUAAUCCCAAAAUCCUGGACCGGUAGGGGGUACUUGAGGACUGGGUUGGGAAUCCCUGGUCUAAGUGAUUUAUUUAACCAGUAAUUUAGAAUUCACACAGACAUAAUUCACACAAUUUCACAAAUGAUAAACAUUCCAAUGAAUAUGUUUUCAUUGUGCAGGUUUGACUUUAAUUUCCAUGAAAUUCAAGGUUAUUUAAGUUAUAGAUCUGCAUUUGAUUACUGCUAAAAAACAAAACUAAAAACGUAGCCCUAUUAUUUUUUUAUUUCAUUUAUUUAUUUAUUUUCACCUGACGGUAAAAAUUUUAAUUAAUAAAAAAAUAUAUAUAUUUUUUAAUAACUAUCACUGGCUUCCUUUGAGAGAAAUAGCACUUACUACUGAAAUUAGAAUUGUAUUAUCUUUUUAGCAAUUUAUCUUAAAUAAUAUCCGUAUCUGAUCCGUGGAUUCCCUUCCUGGAAUUUAUAUUUUGUAUCCUGCUAUUUCACUUUAUUUAGCAAUCUAUUUAUCUCUGUCUGAGAUAGACUGCCAUUGGUUCUUAUGAAAUUAAGGAGCAGGUCUUAUUUAAGGGGCGAAUAUAGUUAUCUUAUUUCACCAGAAAAGUUUACUCUUCGAAGUUCAUAUUCACCCUGUGAUAUUGGUCCAGGCAUUGUCUGUACUUUGCAGGUGUUUUAGUUACCAUUUCAAGGUUUCAGCAUUUUUUGACAGUUCUAGAAGGUCUAUAAAAUUUCUGACUUCAUUACGUAAUAAUAAUAAUAAUAAUAAUAAUAAUAAUCCUCUUAUAUUAUUAGAAGAAAGCCACCAGCAUGAAGGGUGUUUUACUACUUCCAGGACAUUGUCUUACAUUAACCAACACAUGAUUUAUUAAGACUUGUUUCUUUACAGAUCUGGUUAUCUCGAACUGCUUUCCUAUCUGGCACUGUAUUUCUAUCAGACACUCAAUGUUAUAUAUCCCAACAUCUCAAAUUGACAAAGAGGGACACUUUCCUUUUAGUGAUGUGAGUGAGGGGGUGGCCAGAGGCAGGGAUUUUCUGAGAAAAAUAAUUUAUGCAACUAAAAUAUAAUUUAGAACAAGAACACUGUUUUAUUUAGACAGGCUGACAGAGACAUUUACUAAAAUGAGAAUUGUUGCAAAUUCAAAAUUCAUUUCUGGUGAAAUUUUCCAAUUCAGUUACUCUGGCCUUAAAUCUGAAAUUCACUUUAAAUUCACAUUGAAUUUCCACUUUAGUAAAGAUCUGUGAUUUCUAAAAAUAUAUUACUAUAGUUUAAUAAUCCAUUAGUGCAAGUAGUAUUGCUAUAUAGCUCUGGUAUAAAAUCAGACACACAGAGAAUGCUGAGCACCUACAAGAAAAAGGAGUAAGGAUAGAAAAGUGAGGCAGAGAGAUUUGGGAAUAUCAGUAAAAUAGAAUUACAGUAAGUAGUGAAACUUUUGCCCAAUACUUUGCCCAAUUUUGAAUAUUCUAUAGAGCUUUUCAUAGGAUUUUGCCAAUGGCCAACCCACAAUUCUCUAUAUGUGAAGAUAUUUUUACUGGAGUGUAUGCAAUCAUUGUAAAUGGAUCCCCUUGACAAAGACCGUAUAGGUCGAAACGUUGUGAGUGGCAGUGGGUUCAAUAAAUGUGCCUUUUUGUAUCCUGGAGUGCCUGGACCUUUCUUCUAUUUUCCUCUACUAUGGAUCCCCGACUCAAAAUUUCCCUUGACUUUAAAAUAUGUCCUCCUUGUAACUUUAAAAAAUAAGAGACAGAUGUCUUAAAAUCUGCAUCAAGAUCUAUGGAAUGGGAAAAUCUUAACCGUGUACCGACCCUAUAUUAUAUAGAACUUUUAGUAAACCCCUCAUUUCAUCAUAUGUUAUUGGGAUAGUAAACAGAAAAAAAAAUAUCAAAUCAAUGUAAAUCAGAUUCUAUUUUAUUACGUGAAAAACAUUUUUUUUAAAAUUCCUCUUUGCUGUUUUCUUUGAAGCUGACUCCGAGCCAGCAAGUUAUUAAAAUGUCCUGCUCGCCCUUGGCAAACUGUGGAAACAAUGUUAACCAUGUGUAUAAAAUAAAUAUUGAAUUUUUUUUUUUUUUUAGAUAACCAUGUAUUGCAAACAGGAAUGUACCAUUCCUGGAGGCAGUAACUAAAUAGGAACAUUAAAAAUAUAAAUGUAAUAUAAAAGUUAAUAUAAUGCAAUUAGUGGUGAACAAGUCAAGCUGUCAACUGUAACCUGGCUUAUAUGGAACCCCUGUGAAUAAUGUGCCAGAGGGUGCCAGGCUCCCAGGUACAUAAAGCAACAGAUGGGCAUACAAAUGCCAGGUGCCUGAGUGCCCUCUGCAUUGUAAAAUUCUAUACUAGAUGUUUGAAUGGGUACUCUUGGUGCAAAAUGGUGCAAACCAUUGCACUGUGUAUUUAGUUUGGCAUGAAUGCAUGCCGUGGAGUCGGGGCAUGAUAUGGAAACUUUAUGGUUCAUUCUUUAGUCACCACUCUCCCACAGGACAGGACUUAGGAGAAUGCUUCGAGAAUGACCAUUCUCCAUAGUAACCCCAAGCCCUCCCUUGCGGUAAGGCAAGAUGAGAACUCAUAUGCAUCGCUCCCUUGGUUUGGGUUGCCCAAACUCAAACAAAAGGCAGGUGUGGGAGUAUCAACAGGGAUCCACUUCACAUUAUUACCAACACUCACCCACUGCACCUAUUAAUAAAUUUUACUCACUAGUGUGAGGAUAAAGUAAGAACUAUGAAUCAUUUUGUGUUCCUUGCAAAUAGAAAAUCAUGUGAACUGCAUCUCAAUACAUGCAUCGUAAGGUGUGAGUGGAUAAGGAUAUCCUACUUUGGUGUUCUGUACAGGACAAGAUAAAUGCCUGAAUUUGAAAUCUUGACUACAAGCCAGCUACAGGUCAAAUAACUUGCAGAGCUUGUACCAGCCAGCCUACCAUUCUGAUAUCCCUUCCUGAACUGAAAGGAAAAAUAGUUUUUUUUAUAAGUACUUGAUUAAUAGAUUACAAUAAGAACCCUUGCUGCCAACAUACUGCCUAUUGCUAUUUCCCAUAAACCCUGCAGAGAAUAAUUACUGUGAAAGAAAUUAAGUGUACUCUGUAUUAUACAGAAUGGGCCAAAAUUCAGAGAAGCGUUUAAGGCGUCAAUAACUUUUUUAAUUAAGGAACCUAUUUUAAUGAUAUUGCAUACAAUGAAAUGCUUAACCUAUGGAGCUUUGUUUGACUAGGUACGGAAUAUGACAUAUUAUAAACAAGCUCUGUUUGUCGCCCCACUAAGCCGAACCUCAAACAUUAAAAAAUUGAAAGAGCCCAAGCGUUUGACUUUCUACAUAAAUAUUCUCCUUGAGCGGCUUAAGUGUACGCAGUUUGUUCAUUUACACACACUGCUUCAGGUUUCCCCACAUGAAGUAUUCAGGAAUGUAGAGGAUGAGCAAACAUGGUUGGCAAUUAAUCUGGGAAUUGCUUGUAAGCUCUAUGCGACUAAAUAAUAGACAUGCUAUUUUGAAAAUAAAAUUCUACAAUUUUUACUCAUUGUUGCUUUGUGAAAUUACCCUUUAUAAUUCUCCCAAGACUCAGUUACACUGUGCACCUACAAGAACAAAAAUGUAACUAGUAAUAAAAAUGUUUUUUACUUGUCAAAUCAUAUUUUUUAUUUUGGCCCUCCCUGUACAUUGAUGGGCUCCCAUAAUAUGGAGUAUUGUAUGCAGUACUGGAGACCGUAUCUCAAGAAGAAUACUGAUACUUUGGAGAAAGUUCAGAGAAGGGCUACUAAACUGGUUAAUGGAUUGCAGGAUAAAACUUACCAGGAAAGGUUAAAGGAUCUUAACAUGUGUAGCUUGGAGGAAAGACGAGACAGGGGGGAUAUGAUAGAAACAUUUAAAUAUAUAAAGGGAAUCAACACAGUAAAGGAGGAGACUAUAUUUAAAAGAAGAAAAACUACCACAACAAGAGGACAUAGUCUUAAAUUAGAGGGGCAAAGGUUUAAAAAAAAAUAUCAGUAUUAUUUUACUGAGAGGGUAGUGGAUGCAUGAAAUAGCCUUCCAGCUGAAGUGGUAGAGGUUAGCACAGUGAAUGAGUUUAAGUAUGCAUGUGAUAGGCAUAAGGCUAUCCUAGCUAUAAGAUAAGGCCAGGGUCUAAUGAAAGUAUUAAGAAAAUUAGGCUGACUAGAUGGGCCGAAUGGUUCUUAUCUGCCGUCACAUUAUAUGUUUUUAUAUUUCUAUGUUUCUAAUAAUAUGUUGAAGCCAGUGGCAGAACUGCUGCGGCAGCAGGCGUCGCAGCUGUGACCGGGCCCGUUUCUCCAGGCGGCCUGGCCGCCCUGCGUACCCCUGCGACCGUGGAUCCCACCGGCUAAGUAAUGCGGCCCUGGCCCGCGCAGUAUAACUGCUGGGGCUGCAUUAAAGGUGCCCAUUAGGUGGCCCAUGCUGUUAGGGCCACCCGAUGCUAUGUAUUUCCAGGGGGCCCAGUCAGUGCUUUAACUGCGCAAUUGGGCCCUCUUUGAUGAUUUCAGAGGCUGGGAGGAAGUGACUGUCCUCCCAGAAACCACCGGGAGCCACAUGGGAGGAGGGAGUCAGAGUGGGAACUCUGACUCCUAUCAGGCUGAGCCACCAUUGGACCCCAGGGAAAGGUAUAUGUGUAUGUAUGAAUCUAUGUAUGUGUGUGUAUGUAUGUAUGUCUGUGUGUCUGUAUGUGUGUGUAUGUAUGCCUGUGUGUAUGUAUGUCUGUGUGUCUGUAUGUAUGCGUGUCUGUAUGUAUGUGUGUGUUUAUGUCUGUCUGUGUGUCUGUAUGUGUGUGUGUAUCUGUUUGUAUGUAUGUGUGUUUGCAUGUGUGUGUCUCUGUAUAUGUGUGUGUGUCUAUGUGUGUGUCUGCAUGUGUAAUCGUUUGCAUGUGUGGGGGGGAUGGGGAAACGUUUGGGAGGGGAACGGUCGAUGUAUUAGGGGAGGGUGAUGGGGGUUGACGAUGGGGGGGGGCAGGGCAAUUUUUUAACAGGGCCCUGUGGUUUCUAGUUACGCCUCUGGCUGAAGCACAGUAAAUAGAAAUGUUUGAAGAUUUCCUUUUUCAUUGUGUAUGAAUCGUGACUCCCCACCCAGCAAGGUGAACAAGGUAAGAUGACUGCAAUAAGUGUUUCAUUGUACUUAGUAAAUACCAAGCUUGGAGAUUUCCUAAAUUGGUUAAUUUACUUGCCAUUGUGUAAGUUACUUGCAAAGAUGCUCAAUAUGACCUUCAGUGAAUAAACCGUUUACUUACAUUUUAUUCCAGAUGUAUAUUUUGCAAUGAUUCCCAAAUAAAUAAUCAUUGUUCGCUAAUCUAGAGAGCCACCACUGUGGUGACAUCAAUGUGUAUGACAGUAAACAGGGUUUUUCACUAAAAUAAGAUUUCAACAUGAAAAACAAGUGAAUUUCAAAUUGAAAGUGUAAAUAGCCGAACUGGACAGUCUUUAAGCCAGAUGUGCUACCAGUUUGGCCUUAAAUUUGAAAUUCACUUUAAAUUCUCACUUUAGUGAAUAACUGUGAUAAUGUUAACUUACAGCUCUGGUAAUCAACUUAUUAAUAUCAGAAGAGUAAAAGUCUUGGUGGAGGUAUUAUUAUAUGAACUUGUCCUUCACAGAAUGCUUAAAAGAUGUAUCGAACGAACACUCCAUGCACCAUAACCACUGGGAUGCCAGGAGUGCCGAGAUGCCUUAUUUAUUAUUCACCUAGGUUCUGCAGGAUGCCACUUCCUACAAAUAGAGAGUCAGAAGCUCCCUGUCUAGCUAAGCCUAGGCUUGCAAAACGUAACUCAUUGGCUGAGAGCAAUCAGCUGAAGCACUAAGGCAAAGAGCUGGUCCUGCAUUGCUGAGCUUAGCUCAGGAGAGCUAGAUGGGGGCUCCUAAGCAUUAGCUUCUGAUUCUCUGUUGGCUGUAGUGUAGGUGGGGAGCAGGGCACAGAAAAUUCCUGGUAAGAAGUCAAACCAUUCUAAAAUAGAUUGACUACUUACAAUAAAGGCUAACCAGGGCACUUCUGACACUGUGUGCUUUGGUGGUUAUGGUGUUUGGAGUGUUCAUUUAACACACAGACAUCUAGGUUGCCAUAAUAUAUAGGCAACAGUCUACCAUGAAGUAUAUAAACAUGAGGGAGGAUGUCGGUUCUGAAAUGCUCUUUCUAUUUCUCAACAGGUCAUUCCAAUAUCUGCAUUCAGUGCUCUUCUACCUCUGAAAAUAAUUGUUUGGGUCAAGAAGUACAAUGUUCACCAGGAGAUAUCUGCUUGUCUAUAUAUGAGAGAACUUUAGGUAACAGUAUAAUAAUUACAAUAACAAAAGACGUUUGCAUUACUAGAGAAAAUAAAGAAACAAGAAAAAUAUUGUAAGAGAUAAAUCAUAUUGCAAAGAGACAAUCAACAAGUCUACUUAAGUAUGAGGUAUAUACUUUAGUUCUAAUGUGAGGAAAUGUACUUUAUUUCUGAGAUGGGAUUGCUCCAAAUAAUUGUAUUACAUAGUCUGAUUGGUUUUUUUUAGCCAAUAGGUAGGCAGACAAAAGGACAGACAGCAAGAGAGACAGAUAGAUUAAUUAUUCAGUUAAUGUUGGAAGAUUAUUAUUCGUGCAUAACUGCAAAAAAAUUAAGACAUGAUUUUCUCUCAUAUUUAUUUUUUAAAUAAUAUUUUCAGUUGCAGGAAACAGCGCUUUCACUCAUAACUACUACAGAACUUGUGGGACCUCUAAGCAAUGUGGCCAGUUUUACUCCUACAUAGAUGGAGAGAUUACAUAUAACCUAGCUUACAGCUGUUGCACGAGCGACUCCUGCCUUCCUCCAGAGCCAGACAGUAUGUAUUUCUAUAAAAUAUUGUCAUUUCAUUUAUUUUCUUAAUUUUUUUACAUAUGUACUUUACAGUUCAGAUGUAUGCAAAUAAGAAACAUGUAUUGGCUGACAGUAAACAUAUUUUCAUCUUUUUAAUUAAAACCAGCAAAUGAUUAGCUAGAAUCGUAAACUUGUUGAGACACCCUUAAUACCUAUUGUAGACCUUUAUCAUUCUACGAAUGGGAUCUAAAAUAUUUAAUAGAAAUGUCCAUGAGCAAAUGGUGGAGGUAUGACCAUCAACCUAAAUUCCUGUCCCAGCUCUGUCUUUCAUUUACUCGAAUCACUCUGUUAUGGAACAGGUUAAGCUUGCUAGAGCUAUUUAAACAACGCAAUAAUAUUGUCAAUAACGUAUUCUACCCACUCAAAGUUACACGUGGACUUCCUUAAGGUUCAAAUCUUUGUAAUUUCUAUUUUCAGUAUUUAUAAAUGAGAUUAACAUGGUGGCCCCACAGAACACACAGGAAUUUACUGGAAAAAGUACAAUGGCUUUGGACUGAGAAUCCAGAAGUCUUUUGCAUUACGCGAGCAACUGCAGAGGAGCAGGAGCUUUGCGUGCUAGGGAGAACUUGACAAUAUUUGUCAAACCAUACGUGAAUGGUUCCACAAAAAACUUGCAAAGACCAUUAACCGAAUAACUGGGUGUCUCUGGCUGACAUGUUCUCAUAUAUGAGAGUUUUGAUCUGCUAUGCUAGCUAUACUAAAAGUAUUCCUGAGAAAAAUAAAUCCCAUGUUUCUGCCACAGAUGUUGUUCAGGAAAGACUUUAGGGGCCAAAGUCCCAAAUAUAAAGUUUUUCAGCCCAAGAUCUAUUCAAGUGGCAGGAUACUCAUGCUUUUAUCAUUUUAUAUUGAGAGAAAGCAAAACAGAGCAACCCAGCCCAGCUUUAGCACAUUCAUGACGUCCACACAACUAAAACAAUGAGUUGUAGGUCUUAAGGGGAAGAGACAAAUGGGGGUUUAGGGACACGAGGAGAGAGACACAUGAAGUUUUAUAGGGGGUGGGAAGAAAAAUAGACAAAAUGUAUACUGAGAUAAUGGUGAAAUAGACAAAAGGAGGUGAAGGGAGAUGGGGAAGAAAAUAUGAUUGGGUCUGACGAAUAUAAGACAGUAGGGGCUAAAUGUUGCAUUAAGGAUUUACCUUGGAUGCAACCUCGAGGGAGCGAUUAUUGCACUUUAAUAAGUUAUAGAACUUAGCAACAACCCUGGUUUCUUUUCUCUUUCUGUAAGAGAUUUUAUUAUUCAGUGUGCAUUUGCACAUUCUAUGUUUUUAACAGAUAGCUGAUCGUUGUAUGUUGCCGUUUGAUGUAUCUGUUUUUAUUUUGCUCACCAGUGCUCUCUAAUGGAUGGAAAUGUGCCUCAUGCAGUGCAGACGGCUCAUUUUGUAAUACAGAACAAGUUGUAGAUUGCAUCGGUACAGCAAAUCAAUGCUUUAGUAGUAAUGUGACCUACAGCAAAGGUAAGUGCUUUGUGUGCUCAUUAAUAAAUUUGUAUAAUCUAAUAUUUCCAAUUCAUUUGUAAUGCAUGUUUGUGCAGAACAUGUGAACUGUUCAGCUUUGAGUUUGAAAAUGUGACAUUUUAAAAUAAAAAUAUAUAAUUAUAUAAUCCCAAUACAUUAUUGCUCAUAUGUUAGUACAGGGUUGUACCUUUUUACAUAACAUACUUUCUACAUGUUUACAGGAGAAAAACAACAAAUUUAUAUAGAGGGCUGCACAACGGACAACAUAUGUAACAAUCUCGGACUGACUGAUUUACAGUAUGCUACAGACAAUGAUGCUGUGGCAUCUACCACAUGUAAAACGUCAACCGAUAAUCGUAAGUCUACUUCGAAUUCUUUUCAUUAAUUCUGUAAGGUUUUCUAAAGGCUAUUUAAAUUUAUUGUGCGAAGAAGGUCUAAGCAAGGACCCUGAAGCCUACACAGAUGUUGGCAAGUUUAUUAAAAUUGCUAUAAAUUAUCUGAAAGAGGAGGACAGAAUAGCAGAAUAAGUAAAUAAUUUGUAUCCCAAGCAUCAAGUUGUAAAGAUUAAUCUGUAGAAAUGAAUAAUAAUACAAAUUUGCCAACAUAAAAUCAACUCAAACCUUGGUGAUUUUGCUAGAAUUCUCAAGAAAUUAGUAAGUGAGCUCUAUCAGUAUAAUAUUAAGCGAAUAGUGAUCUCGCUAGUUCUAAAAUGUAAAAGACACUUAUCUAAACAAGUUAACAGUGAAUGUCUAUCAUAUUUAGCUGUAAUCAUUAGUUCCAACCAAAGUUGAUCGAAUGCAGACUGCUAGAAUGAGUCAACUAAUAUUGAAUAAUAUAUUUAUGUGUAGAUCCCCCCCAGAUCCCCCAAACUCCAUUACUUACCCUAAAUAAGCAUCGUCUCAUAAUAUAUAUACGGGCUGGUAUUGGUAAAAGUCACAGUCUUGGGCAACUAUUAUGUUGAUUACCCCCUUAGAGUUGGCUUGCUGUGAAAUUCUUAGGCAAUCUAUGUCCUGCCCAGCAUUAGAGAAGAACUGCAUAUAAGGGGGGACUACGCAUUAUUAUCCAUUUAUUAUUUUUAUUAUUAUUAUCCAUUUAUUAUCAUAUUAACUGCACGGAUGACACUUUACCUAUGAAGUACAAGUUUUUAAAACAUAUCCGUUAAAUUAUUUUCACACACAUGAUUUGAUUCUGUAUGAAGGAGCAUGAUAGAAGCUCCGAACUAAGGAUUUAAAUCAUAUCUGGCUUUAUUUCCCAACAGGUACCUCUCUUACCUGCGUUCAGUGUAAUUCAAACAUCACCAAUUCUUGUACUGGACCAGAAAUAACAUGUUCAUCAAGUCAAGACGUUUGUAUAUCUAUAUAUGAAACAGAGUCAAGUACGACUAAAUCUUGUUAUAGGAAACAAACAACAGAACACAAAAUAUGUUUUUUUUUCUAAUUGCAUUCAGAUAUGGAUAUAUUAUUUUAAUGUAUUUAUUUGUUUUACACUUACCUAUAAAUAGUGAUACCUAAAAUACCAAAAGAGAUGUUCGGUUUUAGUGAAGGUCACAGUUUGUAUUUUAUGUGGUACUGUUACUUAAUACAUUUUUGCGUUCUCUCACUGAGAAUGCAAACAUGUAUUAAGUAAUCUAAUUAGCUACACACACAGUAUCAAUUAUCCACACAUAUCUAAUUGGUAAGAAGUAAAUUCUGUAAGUGACAAGACCACUUUGAUUUUAGAAUUUUAUGAUUAGUACAUAGCCAUUGUGGUUAAACUCAAUGGCAGACAGAGGGAUAGGGUCUUCGGUUAGGAACUGAAAAUGUAUAUUUGUGCACAACUGUAACACUCAAAAACAAAUAAAAAAACAUUUGUUUCUCUUUUUUUUUAAUUUGCAGAUAGCAGCACUGUAACACAUAACUAUUACAGAAGAUGUGGGACCUCUAAGCAAUGUGGCCAGUUUUUCUCCAAUAUAAAUGGAGAGAUUACAACUAACCUAGCUUACAGCUGCUGCACGAGUGAUUCCUGCCUUCCUUCAGAGCCAGAUAGUAUGUAUCACAAUGAAAUAUUGUCAUUUUGCUUAUUCAUUUCAAAUGCACAUAUUAUUUUUUUGAAGUGUACAAUGCUGAUCACUUUAUAGCCAGCAGGUUAGUAUGUUAAAUUCAUUUGUUCAAACUGUUUUUUUUGACUGAUGAGUUAGCCUUGCCAUUGCUUGCAACAUGACAGAACUGAGGAGAAUCAGUAAAACGUGUAUAUAUAUAUUUUUUUUUUUUGGGGGGGGGGGAUUAUAAAUUCCCUGCUAUUACAGUAAUCUCUGUCCACUCACUUUUCUGUAGACAAAGUUCUUAGAUAUAUUUUGCUUGUGUUUUUUCUGGCACCAAGCCACUUCUGUUGCAGUUGCCCACUCUGUCUCCUUCUGCAUCACCAAGCAUGGUGAUGUCUUCCACUUUUUCAUUGAAUUCAGUGCUCCCUACAAGAAGUAUCAGGGAAGUUGACAAAGUAAGCACCUUUAACGGCUGUCAGGAAGACAGCCAUGAGUGUUGUGUUUAGUCCUAUAAUUGCUGUAUUUCCUAACUGGCAAUGUUUUACAUUGUUGUCUAAAAGGGCCACACUACCCAGUCCACUUCAAUAAAAUGAAGUCAUCUGGGUAGAGCUGAUCCUGGGUGGGUGCAAAGUGAUCAGGCACUCUGUAGAUAGAGGCGGAUAGUCAGGGUGUGCAGUGAUAGGCUCUUCCCCUUCACAUUAAGUCCUCUCAUAAGGUUCUGCCCCUCAAGAUCGGCGCCAGGAUGCAGAGUUAUAAGGCAAAGUUACAAGCUGACUAGGAGGGAGCUGGGAGUGCUGCCUGCUCUGUCCUUGCUCUUUUUUGUGUGCAUGCACAGUGUUAUUUUCGUCCUAAUGGGCGAAAACAAAUUAUUUUUUUACCGAAUUUUGUUUGAAAAACUAAAGGUUUUAUGGACGAUAUUUGGAAUGGAUGAAUGAAAUUUUAAUUUAGUACAAAGUAAUUCGUAUGAAACGAAAUUUCACUGGUGCAGAUGUCUAAUCCAUAUAAUGUUAAGGUAGUAUGUAAUGAGAAAAAAAUAAUAAAAAUGGAAUAUAGUUUAGUAUCUGUUAAAGCUGAUGAAAAAAAAGUAGAGUAACACCUAUGAUUUUCUGGAGCUUACGAUCAGCUCCAGAUAUGUUCGCUUGGUCGGUAUGAUCUCCGCCUGUGAAUAUGUUGAUGGUCCCGGUCCUUUAUAUGAAGAUGCUUCUGUCACUCUUUAGGCCAAACGUACAGGGGUCUUUUUAUUUAGUGUGCAGCAUUGUGGCAGUAAUAGUUUAUCAGUAUAUUGGAUGAAAAAUAAAAACAGAAUAUAUGAUAUAUAAGAUCAGGAAGAUCCGAGUGUAGUAAAAAACUAGUUUUCUUCAAGACAGAAUAUAAUAAAACCAAUAUAAAGCAUAAAAACACUAACACGUUUCACCAAAUUGGUCUUUUUCAAACAACACUUCGAAAUAGCCCUGUUAGGCGAAACCUGUUAUUGUUAUUUUGCACUUUCAUAUAUCAUGUAUUUAUUUUUGUCCCCAGUGAGCCCUAAUGGAUGGAAAUGUCCCUCUUGCAGUGCAGAUGGCUUAUUUUGUAAUACAGGACAAGUUGUAAAUUGCAUCGGUACAGCAAAUCAGUGCUUCCGUAGUAAUGUGUUCUACAGCCAAGGUAAGUGCACCUUAAUGAAUAUAAUAAAAUGUUUCCAAUUCUUUUAUGAGACUUAAGUGUUUGAGAGGUGCAUUAAAAUAUUUCAGUAUAAGCAUGAAUACCGUCUUAUAAAACAAAUCAUGCACUUUUUUUUAAUGAAUCUUCCCCAAAAAUAAUUGAAUUUUUUUCUUGUUAUGUUCACCCACUACAUAAACCACCUUCCUUUCCAGGUCAGUGUUGGACAGUUUUCAUGUUUUCCAAAGUUCAGCCAUUAACCCCUUCACGACCGCUAAUGGUUCAGGACCAUCAUCGGAAAGAUACCUUUAAGGACCGGUGAUGAUCCUGAACCGUCAUCACAGAAAAUGAACGUCGGGAGCGAUCAGAGAUUGCUUCCGCCGAAAUCCUGCUGUUACUAUUUGCCAGGCAUGCGACACGCGAUCACUCAUAAUUGACUGCUGUCAAAGUGGGUGUUACAAACACUCACUUUGACAGUGAUCUCUGCCCCUCUCACCUCUCUAGCAUUUUGUGAGGGAGAGAGACAGAGAUUGUGAUAAUGUGUUGCCAGCAGUGUUGCCAGAAUUGUUCCAGAAACUUUUUAAAGUAUCUAAAGUUAAUAAAAAUUCCCUUUUAACCCCUUCUCUGCCAAAUAUGUUACAGCAGUGCAUUUGCACUGUCUGUAUUAUUUCUUUUUGCCCUUAAGGGUUACAUUUGUGUUAAAAAUCUGUGUUUUAGUCUGUCUUAGUCUGUUUUAGUCAGUCACUUUCCUUCCCCUAAAUCUCCAUUAGAUUCUUUUAACAUGAGUUAGUUUAGGGAUUGCUGCUAAAGGUGCAUUUGAUACCUGCACAUUUGGCUGGCCAAAACCAGAUUACAUGUGUGCAUAAAAAACAGAAUUCAAAAAUAACCACCACACACUUUUUCUGAAUUGUUGGGGCAAAAUGGUUGGGGGAAAGAACUCAGAACGUCCCAUCUUCUAUAACUUUGGAUGUCUGCUUAAUAAAAAUAUAUACUUUUAAACCAAAAAUUCAACUGCACCACAACUAAAAAUGCACCACACUCAACAUGUGCCUAUCAAAGCAGGCAAACUAUAUUCCGCCAAAAUGGGCAAGUACAAAAUUUGUUACUGUAAAAUCGUGGCAAACCAAUGCAUGGGGGGCAUUGGUGUACUCAGGGGACUUUGCAGAAAACAAUCUGGGGUGUUUUCUGGCAGUAACAUAUAACCAGCUGGCUAAAAUAAAAAAGCAGAAUUCAAAAAUUACCACCAUGCACGUUCUCUGAAACCUGUUUAGCACAAUGGUUGGGGGAAGGAUGUUAAAACACCCCAUAUACAAUACCUUGGCAUAUCUACUUUAUAAAAAUAUAUACUUUCAUGAUGGUAACAUUAAGUGGGGGAGGCAAAAAUAUGCCAAACUGAAAAUAGGCCAAGCAUACCUAUAUAUCAAGUUGAAAAACUGACAUGCACAAGUCUCGAUUGUGGCCUUUUAGCCCCCAAACAACGCAGCAAACAUAUGCACGGGUGGUAUGACUGUACUCAGGAGAUGCUGCUGAACACAUAUUGGGUUGUUGUUUGGCAUUGAAACAUAACAGGAUCUGUUAAUGCAUGCCUAAAGUACAAUGUGUGUGAACAAAUCACAAAACAAAUUACUACCCAAAAGUUUGACAAAGGCUAUUGGUAAAUUCUGUGCAUGAAAAGUGUUAAAAUGCCACCAUUUAAAAUAGCCUGGGUUAUCUAUCUUUCAAAAAUAUAUGGUUUGAUGGGGGUAAAAUACAUUGGCCAGCUUCAAUUAAAAUUCCCCAAAUAGGACAUUGGCGCAGGUUGACUACAUGUCAAAAUUCCAAGUUGGAAAAUGGAUAUGCGCACCUGCCAAAUGUGGCCUUUUAGCCCCCAAACAACCUGACCAGCCUAUGCAUGGGUGGUAUCACUGUACUCUGGAGAUGUUGCUGAACACAUAUUGGGGUGUGUUUGGCAGUGACACAUAACAGGAUCUGUUAAUUCAUGCCUAAAGUACAAUGUGUGUUAAAAAAACACAAAACAAAAUUAAUACCCAAAUGUUUGACAAAGGCUGGGGUAAAUUCAGUGCAUGAAAAGUGGUACAAUGCCACCAUUUAAAGUACCCUGGGUUGUCUACUUGUCAAAAAUAUAUGUUUUCAUGGGGUUAAAUUACAUUGACUGGCUUCAAAAAUGUCCCAAAUAGGACAUUGGCGCAGGUUGACUACAUGUCAAAAUUCCAAGUUGGAAAAUGGAUAUGCGCACCUGCCAAAUGUGGCCUUUUAGCCCCCAAACAACGCAGCAAGCCUAUGCAUGCCCCCAUGCAUAGGCUUGCUGCGUUGUUUGGGGGCUAAAAGGCCACAUUUGGCAGGUGCGCAUAUCCAUUUUCUGCUGUAAUAUCGCUGUACUCCGGAGAUGUUGCUGAACACAUGUAGGAGUGUUGUUUGGCAGCAACACAUAACAGGAUCUGUGAAUUUAUACCUGAAUUGCAAUGUAUGUGAAAAAAAUAAACUACCUAUGCAAAGUUUGGCAAAGAUUGGUGGUAAAAUGGCUGCAUAGAAAGUGUCAAAAUAUCCUUAGAUGGAUUUUUUCAUUAGCUUUUGUAGAUGAGUAAAAGAUUUUUCAAGUAAAAGUCAAAAACAUGUUUUUUUUCAAUUUUUCACCAUAUUUUAUUAUUAUUAUUAAAUAAAAUUAUAUGACAUUUAUAGAAAUAAAGAUAUGUAGAGAAAGCCCUUUUUGUCCUGAAAAAACCCCAAUAUAUAAUUUGUAUGGGAACAGUAAAUGAGAGAGAGGAAAAUUACAGCUAAACACAAACACCACAAAAGUGUUAAAAGGGGUUAAAAACAUAGUCACUUGUGUUAAUGUUUAUCUUUUCUAUUUUUUAAAUUUACAGGAAAAGUACAACAAAUUCAUAUAGAGGGCUGCACAACGGACAACAUAUGUAACAACCUCGGGCUUACUGAUUUACAGUAUUCUACAGACAAUGGUGCUUUGGCAUCUACCACAUGUCAAACGUCAACCGAUAAUCGUAAGUCUGCUUCCAAUCCUUUAAAUUAAUUUUGCAAGCUUUUCUAAAGGUCAUUUAAGCUUACUGGGUUGAAGAAAUUCUAAGCAAGGAACCAAAAGCCUGGUAUUUUUGGUAUUUGUUGGUAUGUUUAUUAAAAUAGCUAUUAAUUGAUCUGCAAAGAGAGAUAAAAGCAGAAUAAGGAAACAGUAUCCCAAACAUCAAGUAGUAAAGAUUAAUUUGUAGAAAUAAGUAAUAACAAUUUGCCUAAAAAUUAAACUCAAGCAUUGGUGAUUUUGCUAUAAAUAUCACGUAAUUCAUUAGUGAGCUCAGUUAAUUGUGAAUGUCUAUCAUAUUCAUCAGAAAUCAUUAGUUCCACCUAAAGGUGAUCAGAACACAGACUGUUAGAAUGAAUCAGCUAAUGGUAAAUAAUAUAUGUAUGUGUGGAUCACCCAGACUCCACAAACUCCAUUACUUCCCACAAAUACACAUUGUUCCAUAAUAUAUGUGCGGACUGAGAUUAGGGAGAGUCACAGUGCUGGGUAGCAUUUAUUUCAACCUCCCCCUUUUGAGACAGCUUAAAGGUGGAACUCUUGGGUAAUUUGGGUUCUGCCCAGAAUUAGGGCAGGAUGGAGGUGAACUAUACAUUAUUACCUGUUAUUACCAUAAUAUCUGCACGGAUGACAUCACCUAUGAAGUUCAAGUUUCUUAUACACAUCUAUUAAAAUAUAUUUAUAUUCUGCAUUGAAGGAGCAUUAUAGAACCUCUAAACUAACAAUAUAAAUCAUACCUGGCUUUACUUUCAAACAGGUCCCUCUCUUAACUGCAUUCAGUGUAAUUCUAACAUCAACAAUUCUUGUACUGGACCAGAAAUAACAUGUUCAUCGAGUCAAGACGUUUGUAUAUCUAUAUAUGAAACUAAAUCAAGUAAGAUUAAAUUUCUAAAACACAAAAUACAUUAUUCUAAUUAUAUUAAAAUACAUAUAUAUUAUUUCUUAAAGGAACACUAUAGGGUCAGGAACACAGUAUUGCCGAUAUUUAGCCAAUCCAAUGUUUUCCCAUGGGAAAAGCAUUGAAUUGGCUAAAAUUGGCAAGGGGCGGGGGUCAAACACUGUUUUGGCCAAGCAGCACCUCCUUAUAGAGAUGCAGUAAAUCAAUGCAUCUCUAUGAGGAAAAUUCAGCAUCCCCGUGCAGUGUGUGGAGACGCUGAAUGGCAGUGGUGCCUACUGUGCAGUACUGAGCCAGGAAGCACCUCCAGUGGCCAUCUGAGGAGUGGCCACUUGGAGAUUCCCCUAGGGGCAAUGUUAACACUGCCUUUUCUCUGAAAAGACAGUGUUUGCAUUAAAAUGCAUGGAGGCAAUGAUUAUACAUUAAGCUAUAUAGUUGUUCUGCUGACUAUAGUGUCCUUUUAAGUUUACAAUAUGCUAUUGAGAGUGAUGUAGAAUUAUACUAAAAAGGUAUAAUGUUUUACAGAAUUCCAGAUGUUAUGCUUUAAGUGGUAUCAUUAAGGUACAAGUUGUGAGUUUGAGACUAAAUAAAUUUGCAGUUUCCUGUAACACACAAAAUAUACAUACAUGGUUAGACAUACAUAUUUAACUUACAAACAUCUUACAACACACAUAUACAGACAUAACUAUUCACACAUAUGAAUGGAAAAACACAAAUACAAGCCACUGUAUACACUUACAUUACUUGCUACAUAUACCAACCUAAUUAUCAUCUGGCUCACACACCAUAAAUACUGUACUGUAUACAUAUUAGAGGGAAAAAAACAACAGCACAGACAUCCACAUAAAAAACACUUGCUUACAAACAUAGAAACACAUAUAGUCAUACAAAGCACAAAUACACUGACACAUGCAAGCACACAGACACACACUAAUUAACAUACAUAGGCACAAACAUUCAUAGAGACACACUAAUGACAUACAUUAACAAAGGCAGAUUCUAUCUGGCAUUGAGAGACCUCAGAACAAAUUAAUUUACUUUAAUCCACCCCACCCCCCUCAGAUCACUUUAAGAAUUAUAAAUAUAGCAGUUAAAUAUAAAAUUCACCAAAAAAUAAAUCAGUAAAACAUAACCUUUAUUUUAUCUUAAUGAAAUAUUGGAUCCAUAAUUCCCAAAUAAAACAAAAAUCUUCCUUCACUCAUGAAUCAAAAUUAAUAGGUUGAAGGGUAAUAUCAAAAAGAAAACCGACACAAAAGGUCUAUAUUACAACUACUCCCGUUCCCUGGGUAAUUGAGAGGACAGACUUGUAGCUUUGAUAAAAAUGUCCCAAUGAAAAUUGGCAGCAGAGGGAAAAAGGGAGGUAGAAAUUACCAUGUAACCAGAGAUACAAUAUAACACUUCCAUAACUGUGAAUACAUGUUCGAUGAAGUAUAAGAAGUAUCACGCAGUAAUAGUCCCUAUUAACCAAAAGCGAGGUACAAUUGCAAAAUUACAAACCGAUCCUUAGUUGAUCCAACACAUUAGUUCAACGUAUAAUACAUUGGGCAAAAAUAAAUAAAUAGACAGUAAACUAUAUAGCAGAGACGGUAUAGAACGUCAGUCUCAGAUGAAAGACUAACUGGGUUAUUAACUAAAGUGAAAUAUCCCGGGAAUACAAAGGUAAUUAAAAUGUUUUGCCAGAUCCGAAAAAAGCUCUAUUUUCAGUUCUGCUAUUUUGGCUUUUCAAUCACCGACAAUCACUUAGAAUUUCUGACAAUUUUCACAAUUAAGAAUAACCCCGUCAGAGAGAAAGUGAGGGACAGAUAUUAUGUCUAUGUGUGUUGUAAAUCACAGAGGAUAAAUUCAGAAUUCAUUUUUUGCAUGGUUUCGGAACAGAGAUGUACGGUACAGAGCUAUAUCAUACAUUGCUAUAUCCUGUUUAAAAUGUGUUUUUUUUAAAUUUUUUUAUAUUUCCUUUAGUUGGAGCAUUGACUGAGAUUAACUUCUACAGAGACUGUGGCACCUCUGAGCAGUGUGGCCAAUUCUACUCCUUCAUAGGUGGAGAGAUUGUAAAUAACCUGGCUUAUAGCUGUUGCCAAGGCAACUCCUGCCUUCCUUUGCAGCCAAACAGUACGUAUUGCUAUAAAAUAUUUAUGAUGCAAUAGUAUUGGUAUUUAUUGCAUGGAGUUUAGCCCUGUUAUCACAGCAGAAUGCCAUUUUAAAUCGGUCGACAAUAUUUACUUAAAAACAUUGAGUUCAGUAUCUUUAUUUGCUGUUCUGGUAAUUAAAUAAUUAAUUGUGUCAUUGCUUGCAAUGUGAUUUUGCAAAUCUCUCACCAAAAAAAGAACACAUUUAAAAAAAAAAAAAUACAUAUAGAUAGAUAAGAUGGUAAACAAAUUAGGUUAAAAUCAAAACUACCUGCUAUAUUGACCGGUUAUUAAUAUUUUAUAAAUACCCUUGGAAGUAAAAGUGACAGCAAUAAUGAUAAUAGAAGUUUUUAUAAAGUUGAUUAUCACGCCAUUGGUUCUAAAGACCGUAAAUAGUUAAUAGGAUUUUUUCUGCACAUGUCAAUGGACCUUUGAGUUGAGUUCCUGUCCAUAGAGCAGACGGACAGGAACAGAAGACGACAUCAGGUGCCCACUUUGUAAUUUGUUAUUUGUCAAUCCAAAUCUCAUGACAUAGGAAGACUCCAGUAUGUUCAUGGCUUCAAUGAAGGGUACAGCCAGUACCCCAUUAAAAUAAUUCAGGUGCAGAUAUUUACUGGGGUGUGCUGACCCUCCCUUCCUGCCUCCUGAUGAUGUAGGGAAGGAAGAAGUGAUUGAUUAGAAAUAUAUUUUUUCCAGUGUGUGAAGAAACCAUACAGGAGGCAAAGACUAGAGUGUCAUAAUUUGCAACGGGAUUCCAUUUGGACCCCAGGGAAGCCAUCCUCCUAUGACAAGAGUUAGGCAUCGAAAAGGGUUUCUGCAAAUAAAUAUUUUUGGAUGUGUGUCUUGCAGUGAGUGUAUUUGUGCAUAUUCCUGACAGUGUGUGUUUUUUAGUUUUCUGGCCAUAUGUAUGUGUGUGGUGUUGUUUAUGCAUGAUUGUAAACCGUUUUUGUUUUUUUGGUCAGCUUUGUUCUAUAUGGUAGACAUCUUUCAAUACUCUUGGGUCAGAAGCACUACUAAUCUCAAUAAUAUCAUGUAGGUAAUAAAGAAUUAUUGCACAAUAAUUAAGUCUGACAUGUGCAAAUGUCAGACAUCUCCAAAAGUAUUCUCAACCUGUUUCCUGUUUCAAACUUUCAAAUUGUGCAUGUUCUAAGUAUGGUUGGAGAUUCCAACCAAAGAAGGUUUAACCCCUUAAGGACACAACUUCUGUAAUAAAAGGGAAUCAUGACAGACUAUUUCCAUCAUGUGUCCUUAAGGGGUUAAAUAUGGCUGCCCCUGUGGAACAAGCCUAAGCAAGGAAACAUACUAAAAAGUGGUAUUAAUUUAAUAUGUUUGAUUAAAAAGAUAAUACACAACAAUGCCAACAGUCGUUCCCAACCUUUUUUUACUUGUGUACCCGAGAUUAGAAGGGGCUUGAACAUGCUGUUAAAGCAUUGCAGUGCACUACUUGGCUCUUCAUGGCACAUGUCUAUUGGAUGGCCCUAAGAGCUUCGUUCACCAGAUAGAUCCCAAUCUUUAUGGUGUGGCUGCGCCUGCAGAACCUCCAUUAACGAUUUUUGUUCUGCGUACCACCGGGGGAACUAGAUUGUACUUCUGGAGGUAAGCAUAUUACAGGUUGAGAACCCUUGAGAACAUGUACAUGGCUAUUCACUAAAGUGAGAAUUGUCAGGAAUUCAAAGUGAAUUUACAGUAAAUUUUACAUUUAAGUCCAAAAUAGAUGAAGAGCAAACAUUCCCCAAGUCACCUGUACUUUUAGAUACUUUCUAAUCUAAAAUGUUAAAUUCACUUUGAAUUCAGAAAAAUUCUCACUUUUGUGAAUAAACCAUGAAAACAUUUUUUUCAGUGAUAAGAAAAAAACUAACAGGUUUCCUUUAAGUGGAGGAAUUUCUCCUUGCCUUUGAAAAAAAAAAAAACCUACACUGUUUUGCUCUUUUUAUCUGACAUAAAUGAUAGUUGUUUUAGCAGUUUUAAGCAACGCAUAAGUUAUCAUUUUAUCAUUCACUCAUUGUCUAAUUUCUGAUUGUUCCUGCAGUGUCCUAUAAUGGAUUGACUUGUCCCUCUUGCAGUGCUGAGUUUUUAUCUUGCAAUACGGGACAAUUUGUGGAUUGCAUUGGGACUGCAAACCAAUGCAUUAGUAGUACGCUGACCUACAGCCAAGGUAAGUAUUUUGAGUAUCAAUAAAACAAGAUUGUAUAUUACUACCUUUUACUGGAUACGUUUUUAUGAGAUUGUGAUUUAGAGCUUCUGUGGCAGAUGGGUACCAUGCACUGUACCCAAAUAUAUUAAUACAGGUGCUGAAUUUAUUAAAGUUAUUUGUUGAAAUGUUAAUUUUUUUUGUGUUUAAUUUACUUUCAGGAGGAAUGACACAAUUUCACGUAGAUGGCUGCACAACAGAAAACAUAUGUAAAAAUGUCAAUCUGACCCAAUUAGACUUUUAUGAUGAAAAUGUUGCAUCAACAUCUACUAUAUGUCAGGAUUCAACUGAUUACGUUACAACCACUGUCCGUCCUACUACAAAAAUCAAUCCGCUGUAUCAGUCAACUGUCUAUAAUACAGAAGGAACUCUUCAUACCAAACCCAAUUCUAAUGCCAGUACAGCAUACAGCAAUAUAUUAUAUAAAAAAUAUGUUAAGGAACAAAGUAUAAUUAUGGUGCUACUAUCACCUAGUGUGAACCACUCCAACACACCAAAUGUCAAUAAAGUGCAAAAUAUAAAAUGGUGGUGA